UCUUUGUCCUCUCCAAUCCAAUUCCACCUGAACUUCUUUCCCAAAAGGUAAAUUUGUGUUGUGUCUGGGUUUCCUGAACAAAAGGGGGAGGAGCUUAUAAAAAUGAAGUCUUUCAUCAUAAAUUUGCCAAACCCACCUUACCAAGAUACCCAAGAAUCAUCGUCAGCCUCAUGGGCUCGAACGACGAGAGAUCCGAAAUUGCAUUCUUCGAUGUUGAAACCACGAUGCCGAAGGCGAACCAGGGUUGCGCCAUACUUGAAUUUGGUGCUAUCUUGGUGUGCCCAAUGAAGCUGGAGGAGCUUUACAAGUAUUCGUCUCUGGUCCGGCCCGCUGACCCGUCUCUUAUAUACUCCCUCUCCCCUCGCUCCAAUGGCAUUACGCCGGACGCCAUUGCUUCUGCCCCCUACUUUGCUGAAAUCUCCAACGCCGUUUAUGACCUUCUCCAUGGUCGGAUUUGGGCGGGGCAUAAUAUUAUCAGCUUUGACCAUAGGAUGAUAAGGGAGGCAUUUGAGGAGAUUAAUCGGCCUCCGCCGGAGCCGAAGUGGAUAAUUGAUUCUUUGGUCUUGUUGAGACAGAGAUUUGGGAAGAGAGCUGGUGACAUGAAGAUGGACACUCUUGCAACAUAUUUUGGGCUCAGACGGCAGAUACAUAGGAGCUUAGAUGAUGUGCGAAUGAACCUUGAAGUUAUAAAGUACUGUGCAACAGUUUUAUUCUUGGAGUCGAGCCUUCCGGACAUAUUCACUGAAAGCUGGGUCUCGCCUGAUGAAGUUUGGCUUCCCGAUAUCAGUGCAUCUCUAGUACCAUUUUAUCAUGGGCGUAAGAGAACAAAAUUGUUGCAUAAAGAUAUCCCUUUGCAGCUAUGUUGUUCUCGUCUGAUAGUGCGGUUUGGGAUUAGCACGAAGUUUGUCGACCAUGCUGGCCGGCCACGAUUGAGUUUUGUAGUGGAUGUGGAUCCAACUUUGUGUAGAGUUCUCGAUGCAUGCGAUGGUGUUGUGCAAAAGAUGUCCUUAGAUUCUGAUAGCGGCUCAGAAUGGAAUCCUGUUAUCAUCAGAAAAAAUGGCUUCUCCAACUAUCCUACAGCACGACUGCGCAUAUCCACUGUAGUAAAUGAGGAUGUAGCUCAAUACGCCACUGAGAUGUACCAGAAAAAACCUUCUGGAGCUGCACAAAAGCUUGUGUUCAGCAAAUUUGAUGCUGCAGAACUCGGCAGGUUCUUCGAACCUGGAACCUUUGUGGAUGCAUACUUUUCGUUGGAUCCGUAUGACUAUCAACAGAAAGCUGGCAUCCGGUUAGUGGCAAAAGGAUUAAUAAUCCAUUCAGAGUGAUGCAAAUAAGGGAUCCGCGAUUUGGCUCACCAGGGUGUCUGAUGCUCAAGUAAGAUGGAUGUAGAUUUAUUAAUCUCAUGUUCCUGAGGUGAGGUGGGAAUAUGAAGGGCAUGUACUAUGAUUUAUGUUGAGAAUAUGUUGUAUGCAUUAAAUAUUGUGUAAUUUAUGAGGACCUGCCAACUUCUUCAGCUCCCUGUCUUAUAUAUCCA